CUGAAGGCGAUCCGCCACUGGCAGACUUGUACUCGACCACGGCGACCAACAGCUCGCGCGGCAUAUUUCCUUCGCAUUCGAAGCCACAGAAGGUAUUGGCGGACUUCACGAAGCUCAUCGAGACGGUGGCGCGAGACAUCAGGGAGUACAAAAACUACUGCGCCUUCUUUUUUUCUGCUUUUUCUGGAGAUGUCAACGAAAGGUAUCGAGAGUACUAUAAGAAGACACUGACGCCGGCUCUUCGAGACUUUUACGAGAUGAGCUACUACGGGGUGGUCUAUCCGGACGAGCUCGAAAAGGUGCGCGCAAUGGCGAGCUCGAUGGCAACAAACUACGCCUUUAACUUAAUUCGGAUGAUGCGUAAUAUGGGAGAGCACUUGAUGGAGGAAAAAGCCUGGCUCAAAAAGAGGGAGAAAGCCGCUCUGGAUAAAUACAGGGAGAUCCAGUCGGAGGUUGAGGAGGAGCUACACAGCCGUGUUCUGGCCAGUGCAGACGCCAAGGCGGAGCGGGUCACGAUGGAAUCUCUACGCCAGAAGAAAACGCGACUGCGGGAGCCGCUGUUUUUUGCUUUCAUGCAGCUUUUCCCCGACUUGGUGCUAGAUUUGCGCGACUUCCGUCGUGCUUGGAAAGCUCUUGAUGUACACACGGUCGAGGAAAACGGGGGCCGUGGGCUCUCGCAGCUCAUGGUGGACAUAGAGUCUUUUGACUCCAUUGCCGUGAAAAAAACCCUGGAACGGCUGGAGCAGUUCUGCGUCUCACAGCAGGAGCGACAGAAGGAAAGGCUUGCCGAUGGCAAGGACGCGCACCGCUCGAGCGCUCGGAUCAAGCUCCGCUACCGGGAUCUUCUUGGGUACAAAAACAACUAUGGA